AUGGAGGAGGAGAAGCAUACAGAGGACUCUGGAGUGCCUCCAGCCCUGACAAAGCCUAGAAAGGUUGUAUCUAAAAAUAAGAAUGAGUGUGGCUUGUGUAGACCAGCAGUAGCGCUUGAUUUGGAGAAGAGGAUGUGUCAGACAUGUAUUGAUAGAACAGUGGCUGAGGAAUCACCAUCUUUUUAUAAGUGUUUACAGACACCAGUCAGAUCCAAAAGCGGAGGAAGGUUUGCUGUUCCUGAUAAGGAAGCUCUGGAGAUGUUAUGCUCUGGAUGUUCAGGGGAUAUUAGAAGCGCUAUUAACAGUCUACAAUUCUCAGCACUUAAAGAUUCUUCUUUGCCAAGAGACUUGUGGUCUAAGAAGAAGGGGAAACCAUCAAAGGUGUCAAAAACAUCAUCAAAAUUAAAAAAUUCAAAAAAAUCUGAUAAAGUAGGAGACAAAACAGAAGUUCAAGCCAUUGGAGGCAAAGAUGCUUCUCUUUUCUUGUUCCGAGCACUGGGGAAAAUACUCCACUGUAAAAGGGAGGCUCCAGAAGCUGACUUGGGCUACCAUAAAUUGCCAACACAUUUAUCGCAAUAUGACAGAGACGUGCUUCUUGUUCUUCCAGAGGUUGUUGUAGAGAAGUCUCACAUGCGAAGUGAAUUAUUUAAUUUAUAUCUUCACCAAAACUACUUAGAUUUCUUCUCCGAUAUUGAUGAUGUCGUACGAGCCAGCGACUAUCUCAGUGCUGCCGACGUUCUGACUGGUGACUGGAAUGUCAGGUCCACGCUGAAUGUAUAUAGCUCCUCGGUGGCGAGCAGAGGGAUCAUACACGCCAACAGUUCCAGGGCUUUUGCCAGUUGUCAAUCAGGAGUUGGAUUCCGACCUCUACAUAAGCCACAAUGGCUUCUUGUAAAUAAAAAGUAUCGGGAAAAUACACUUGCUGCAAGAGAACUGUUCUCUAGUUUCUGCUCCUCACCAAUGUGCCUUCAGACCCAGGUGGUACCAUACCUGGCAAAGCUCACAAACCCAUUAAGAAACCAAGCACAAAUUGCAUUUAUCCAGGAUGUUGGCAGGCUUCCCUUGAAGAGACACUUUGGAAGGAUAAGGCUGGAAGCCCUUACCGACAAGGACCCCGGAGUAGCAGAUGUUGACAGUGGUGAUGAGGAGGACCCUGCUCAUGGACAAAGCACUAAAGAAAGUGAAAACAGACCCAAGACUCAGCAGGGGUCAGGUGGCUCAUUACUUCCUUCCAGCCAAGGAGGAGAUACUGAUCUUCCACCCAGUCAACCUCAACCUGUUACAGCCCAGGCCAUUAUGGAAGAUGAAGAGCUGAGGAUAGAGGAAUUUGACAGUGACUGAUACACGCCAUGUGUAGGAUCUACAUUUGUGCAGCGGUCUCGUGUAUUCUGUCUGAACUUAACUGAAACAUUUAUUUUCAUGCAAAUUUGCUGUCUGUCCGGGCAGCCAUGGCUUUAUGCAUUUAUUUUAUAGAAACCGAAACCUAUUACACCAGAAGAUAAAGUUGUCACCUUUCCAUGGUACCUCCUCACACCCAUGUCCACUUGCAGGAACUUGCGCAGACCUCCAUACAGUUUUAUCGCAAGCCAGCGAUCAGAGAAUGUGAAAUGUAGAUUAUGUAAGUUCUGCGCUAAACUAUUUAUGUGAAUAAAAGAAUUCUGUUUUCCAAA